UUAUAGGCUGUUUCUCUUCUAUCCUAUACUAUGAUUCAACAAUUCAAAAUUCAAAACAUUAGCAGACUAAAGUAUCAAAUUUUGUUCGAAUUAGAAUGCGAAGCAGCUCUGCAGGGCGUAGGUCGUCCACGAAUCCCGUGAGGAUAAGUGUAGUUGAAAGGGAAGAGGUAAAUUUGAUGCGAACUGAUACGAGAAAGACUCAAAUUAAUAAACCUAAGAUUUCUACUUCUUCGGUUGAGAGUUCCCAUAUACCUAGACUUAGAGCAGUAUCAUGUGACAGAUUAAGUAACAAGAUAGCAGGUUUGAAGGAAACAGGUAAAACUCCUCUUCGUCAUGGAUCAAUGACUCCGAAAACACAUGGAAGUUCUAAUAGAGGUCAUUUGGCACUUCCAACAGGGCGCAGAUCUUUGUCAGCAGAUCGUGCCAGUAGUAUUAGUGCUAAGGGCUCUAAAAAAGAUACACGGCUCAUAUCAGACAAGGUGUACCAAACUCACAUGCUUCAUACAAUCGAUACAUACUUUUCUAACAAUCAAUUCUCUUACAUGCUUAAUAGUAACGGCAGCAUGAAACCUGUUACUUUGAAAAUGUUUGUAGAAGUUUCUGCUCAUUUACUGAAAAUGCUAGGCAUCAAACAAGGUCUUACGAUUUCUAAUUACGUGGAGGAAUUGCCAAAAAUUGCAAAGAAACUUCACUAUCCGGGUGUUAUUGCUAAAUCUUGGUUGAAAACUGCUAAUGCCAUGCACUCUUGGCCUAAUGUUCUAGCUUGGAUUUCUUGGUUAGUAGACAUUUGUCAAGUGAGAGAAAUAGCUUUGGAAAAAUAUAAUUUAGAGAAUUUACCAUUUGUGGGAGACGAAAGGGAAGCCAGUUUCCAUAGAUACAAUCUCUUUGCGAUGCUUGACUUUUAUAAUGCAUGGAACGAUGAAAGAGUUGAAGAAGAAGCAGCAUUGGUAGAAAAAUACUUACAAGAAAUUGAAGAGCAACAAGGAGUCAAUGAAGAGGAUUUGAACAAUGCAUGUUUCGAGUUAGAAAAAGAAACGAAUAAGCUACAGACAGUUGAGGAAAACGUAAACACAAUUGAUGCAGAAGUAAAGCAUCUACAGGAAGUAUUGGUAUCCUUACGGAAUGACGAAGAGAAGCAAUUGAGCGACAUUCGUGCAAAAGAGGAGUAUACAAAAACAAUUGCUUUAGAAGCAGAUCAAUUAGAAGCUGAGAAUAAUACAUUGUGUGAACAAAUCCGUUUGCAAAAUCAACAUCGCGAUGAAUUACUUAUGAUUAUUGAGCAGCAGUCAAUGUCUAAAGCAGAGAGAGAUAAAAUACUGGAGAAAUGUAUGGAAAUGCAGAAUUAUACGCAUCAAUUUGAUGACCAUUUGCAAGAUAUACAAAAAGAGCUUUACGCAAUGGACAUUAAAUUAGCAUCUAUUAAUAGCAAUUUAACUAAAGCAGUUUUAGCAUAUAAUAAAGAAAUUAUUAUGCACGUUAGUGAUGAUAUGGGUGUAGAUCUAGAAGAAUUGAAAAUGCCAGAAAAAGGUAUAAAUCAUCCUGAAAUUAUGGACAUAUUAAAUGUUAAAGCUAGUUUAAUGGAUGAUCUGAAAGAAUCAAUAAAGAAACAAAUUGUCGAGAAUGAAUGUUUAGUAAAAUUAAAUUCUAACGAAUUAGAGACUCUUCAAGAGAAACUUAAGAUUUUGGAAGAUGAAAGCAGCGAUGUUGCUAACGAUAUUAAAGAAAAGAAAACUCUUAUAAAGAAAAUAAAAACAGAUGCCAAAAACGAAGAAUUAAAAUUAAAAGAACAAAUAAAAAUUCUGCAAAACGAUAUCAAAGAAAUUCAAGAUUCUAUGCCAGACAGACAAAAAAUUUCAGUGGAAUUAGAAGAAUCAACAGACAAAUUGGAUGCAGUUCGUAGAAGAAUGGCACACAUAGAAGAAAAUGCAAAACUUUUCUUUGAUAAAUUUUACGAGAUUUUAAAUGACCACAGAAAUGAAGUUUCCAAAAUACUGGAGAAGCUGAAUAAAUUGGACGCCGAAUAAUAGCUUUGCAAAAAUACAAUUUAGAGAAUUUACCCUGUGUGGGAAAUGUACAUAAUAAGAUAGAUAAGAUUUUUUUAUUAAAACAAGUAUUUUUUUAUCCGA